CGCGGAGCUCGAUUGGCGCUGCCUGUGGGGGCGGAGUCGCUGUCGCAGCCGCCGCCGCCGCUGCGGGCUUGGUUGUGAGGAAAGGCCUAGGCCCGGGCCUGCUGUGGUGGGGUAGUCCAGCGCCUGGCUCUCGUCCUGCCGUCCCCUCAGCUCCAGCUUCGCCCACUUCCCGACCCAAACGGGCUGGGCGCGGGGAAGACCUGCGGGAGCCAUGGAGGACGAGGUGGUCCGCAUUGCCAAGAAGAUGGACAAGAUGGUGCAGAAGAAGAACGCGGCUGGAGCAUUGGAUUUACUGAAGGAGCUUAAGAAUAUUCCCAUGACCCUGGAAUUAUUACAGUCCACAAGAAUUGGAAUGUCAGUAAAUGCUAUUCGGAAGCAGAGUACAGAUGAAGAAGUUACAUCUUUAGCAAAGUCUCUCAUCAAAUCCUGGAAAAAGUUAUUAGAUGGACCAUCAACAGAUAAAGACCCUGAAGAAAAGAAAAAAGAUACUGCAAUUACAUCACAGAAUAGCCCUGAAGCAAGAGAAGAAAGUAGUUCCAGUGGCAACAUAAGCAGCAGAAAGGAUGAGACAAAUGCUCGAGAUACUUAUGUUUCAUCUUUUCCUCGGGCACCAAGCACUUCUGAUUCUGUACGGUUAAAGUGUAGGGAGAUGCUUGCUGCAGCUCUCCGAACGGGAGAUGACUACGUCGCUAUUGGAGCUGAUGAGGAAGAAUUAGGAUCUCAAAUUGAGGAAGCUAUAUAUCAAGAAAUAAGGAAUACAGACAUGAAGUACAAAAAUAGAGUACGAAGUAGAAUAUCAAAUCUUAAAGAUACUAAGAAUCCAAAUUUAAGGAAAAAUGUACUGUGUGGAAAUAUUCCUCCUGACUUAUUCGCUAGAAUGACAGCGGAGGAAAUGGCUAGUGAUGAACUCAAAGAGAUGCGGAAAAACUUGACCAAAGAAGCCAUCAGAGAGCAUCAGAUGGCCAAGACAGGUGGAACCCAGACUGACUUAUUCACAUGUGGCAAAUGUAAAAAGAAGAAUUGUACUUACACACAGGUACAAACUCGUAGUGCUGAUGAACCGAUGACAACAUUUGUUGUCUGCAAUGAAUGUGGAAAUCGAUGGAAGUUCUGUUGAGUUGGAAGAAAUGGCAAAGUGUCUGGACCAUUAAAAAAUGGAUUUUGUAAUUAGCUUUAAAACUAGGCCAAGCAUCUAGUUUCCCUGCAAAUCAGAUUUUUAAAGUAACAUACAUCCCUUGGGUUAGUCUUGGUUUUUGACAUAGCAUUCUUUCCUUAAAUGCCUUCUGUAGUUUCAGAUCAGUAGGGAGCCCACCUAAUAAUUGUAUGGUAUCUGUUUCAAAACAUUUUUUUCAUUUUUAUAGUAAGUUGAUAUUAAACUUUUAUCAGUUAAACUUUUGGCAAUUUAUUUUUACCUUUUUUUUCUUUUAAAAGGAAAAUGUACUGUAACUUUUUUACAGUCCAAACAUACACAGUAGAAAUAUUAUUCUUCUCAGUUAAUAUGUAAAUGGAAAUUAUAUUUUUCCCCCCAUAUUGGCACAUACCUGCAAAUAGUAAAGGAGGAGAAGAGGUAAUAUAAGUUUAUCACAUGUGGUGUGUAUUCAGAUACUACUUGACCAACUUAUCUAAAUUGUACAUAAUAUUUGAACUAGCCUAUGAAAUUGAUCUUAAUUAUUAUGUUCACAAGUCUGGGAUAAUUAGAUAUUAUUUUGCAUUUGUAACUAAUCGUGAUAAUCAUUUCUUGUAAUUUCUUGUACAUGUUUAUGACUUGUUCUUAUUAGAUUUUACUUUUGGAAACAUGACUUUGUUGAAAUCAGUUUGGUUUUGUUGUUUAUUUGCCCGUUUGACUUUGUA